AGAACUCUUUGGGAGGAUGACGGUUCUGUGCGCAGUUUCUCUCCGGGCCUGGCCGGAGUUGCGGCUUCCUUACCCUCCCUCCCCAAACCCGUCCUGAUCCCUCUCUCCCGAGGCGGUGAGGGUUGAGCGGUACGGAGGAGUUGGUGAGGGUUGCUUGUCCAGGUUAAUAAUGGGGGCGGGAGCAAAGGUAGCAGCCUCCACCUCUACGCUUUCUGCCAGAGUAGUGUGAGGGGUCGGCAUUGUGAAUGAAGACUGAGGCAUCCAGCGGACGGUGGUGUUCUCGGAAGAGGUAUUUACACGAGGAGUCUAGUGCUGUCGGGAGUGGGGAGAUCUAGGUGUAUCAGGACUCAAUAUUGAAUAUAAUUACUUGAAAAGUACUGUGUUGUUGAUAAACAAUUUGCACUGAUCAGUACUCUUAAAGCAAUUUACCAGCUGAAUAACAAUGCGAUAUACAGUGAAGAGUGGAUAAAGACUACUGCUGUUCUUCAAACUUGGAACUGGGGAUCGAGUGUCAUUACUUCUGUGACCUCCAUUCCUUAAUUGCAUUCCCACCAUGAAAGAUUCAACACAAGUCUUUGUUUGUUGGUUUAUCCUGCCACUGCUCCGUUUGACCCAGAGUCACAGUCAUUUCACCUGUGAACCUAUAACAAUCCACCGGUGUGAAGGUCUGUCAUACAACAUGACAUUUUUUCCCAAUAAAUUGGAACACUUUGAUCAGGACAUGGCUGCAAUUGCAAUGGAGCCUUUUCUUCCACUUAUGAAUCUGCGAUGCUCCCCAAAUGUGAAAACGUUCCUGUGCAGUGCAUUUGUGCCAGCUUGUAUGGAAGAUCUGCAGAUCGUCCCUCCUUGUAGAAAGCUUUGUGAGGAAGUUCUUCAGGAUUGUGAAAAACUCAUUGAGACAUUUGGGAUUGCAUGGCCAGAUGGGUUGCAGUGUGAUCAGUUAGAAGAUUGUGUUGAUGGCCAGCAGUCUUCAGCAGUAACUCCAACCUCAAGAUCGAUAACAGAGGAGACUUCGCAAACAAUUGUGAAAGAUUAUGGGUUUUGGUGUCCACGGCCCCUGAAGACCCCUACUGGACAUGGCAGUUCAUUUCUUGGUGUAGAUGACUGUUUGCCACCAUGCCCCAACAUGUACUUCAAAGAGGAUGAACUAAGCUUUGCUAAAUGUUUCAUUGGAGUUGUUUCCAUCUUUUGUCUAUGUGCAACUCUCUUUACAUUCCUGACUUUCCUUAUCGAUGUUCGAAGAUUUCGGUAUCCUGAGCGGCCAAUCAUUUUCUAUGCAGUAUGUUACAGCAUAGUAUCUCUAAUGUAUUUUGUAGGUUUUGUUGCUGGUAAUAAUAUAGUAUGCAACAAGGCAGAUGAAAAGCUGGGAUCCAUGGAAACAGUUGUCAUAGGAGCACAGAGCAAAGGGUGUACCAUCCUUUUCAUGUUAUUAUAUUUCUUUACUAUGGCAGGUACUGUUUGGUGGGUAAUCCUAACCAUAACAUGGUUUCUAGCAGCAGGACUGAAGUGGAGUUGUGAAGCUAUUGAACAGAAAGCAUUGUGGUACCAUUCUGUUGCCUGGGGAAUACCUGGGAUAUUCACAAUAAUGCUGCUUGCCUUGAACAAAGUGGAAGGCGACAAUAUCAGUGGUGUGUGCUUUGUUGGGUUGUAUGACUUGAAUGCUUUGCGUUAUUUUAUCUUGACGCCAUUGUGCCUCUGUGUGGUGGUGGGAUUGUCCCUUCUGUUGGCAGGGAUUAUUUCCUUGAAUCACGUGCGACAGGUGAUCCAACAUGAUGGACGAAAUCAAGAGAAGCUGAAGAAAUUCAUGAUUCGAAUUGGAGUUUUUAGCGGCCUGUACUUGGUGCCUCUAGUUGGGCUUCUGGGAUGCUAUAUUUAUGAGCAAACCCUUCGGACAACUUGGGAAACAACAUGGGUUCAUGAUUACUGUCAAGAUUAUCCUAUCCCAUGCCCCAAUCAGGUGGAAACCUUGAUCAGGCCGGACCUGUCACUUUUUAUGAUGAAAUACUUGAUGACUCUAAUUGUUGGUAUACCAGCAGUUUUCUGGGUUGGCAGUAGAAAAACAUGUUCUGAAUGGGCCAAUUUUUUUCACAGUGCCCACAAGCGAGACCCUAUUACCGAAAGUCGGAGAGUGCUGCAGGAGUCCUGUGAAUUUUUCCUGAAGCACAAUUCUAAAGUUCAGCACAAGAAGAAGCACAAAUCAAGUUCCCAUAAACUCAGGGUAAUCUCUAAAUCCAUGGGGACAUCUACUACCGGCAUGGCAAAUCAUGGGACAUCAACUUUGCCUGCAACCAAUCACGAAUCAUUUGGUGAAGCAACAUUUUCUGAGGCUAAACCUUUCCUUGAAAUCAGUGAGCAUGAUGCUUUCCUCCCUGCUAUCGCGACUGCAUUGAACGCAUCCACCGGGGAACAAGUUUCUCUCAGUUUAUCUGGACACGGGGUGACUACUGACCUUUCAGAGAAAAGGAGUAAAGGAGGAAGUGUAUCUGGCAGAGUAAGCAACCAGUCUGAAGGCUUGCAGCGUGUUCCAGAUGGACGAUUAACACCAAGAGACGACUAUGCUGAAGAACAGACAGUACAAUCUAAUUUUGUCCUCGUGCCCCACAAUCCACGGGCCAGUAGCAGCAAGAGCCCUGCUUCUCUUCUCGUGCAUGCAUUGCCAGAUAUCACCAAGUUUGAAGACUCUGAGAAUGGUGACUAAAUGCCUGACCGUGUUAGAUUGAUUAUAUUUGGUGGCUUUCCAUGUCUUGGCAUUUGGACUAUAGCCUAUGCUUUGUGAAAACGGCAUCUGUAGCAUGUCAUUUUGUGAGCUAGUUACUUUUUUUUCUUUAGUUUUAGGGAGAAAAUUUAAAUGCACUACAGAUAAGUCUUAAAUAGUUUGAACUUGAGAACUAAUCUGAAAGUCCAACUUACUACAAGUAUCAGAGGAACCUUUUUUAUACUUCCCAGGCAAUUUCUUUUUUUCUGAUUCUGUAAAAUAUCAUGUGAUAACUCUCCAUUUGUAGAUAGUUUUAUAUUAGUGUUUAUGGGGGUGGGAGGGGUAGAAAUUGAGUUUGGUCAAUAUUGUGUCUUUAUACCUUGUAAAGUAGGCAGUGACAGCAGUGUUUCUUUGUGGUAUCUUCUUUCUGUUCAAUUGUAUGCUCAUUUAUAAUGUUAUUUUACCUUACAUAGUAGUGUGUAUGUAUGAAAUCGCUUGUUCACCUUGAAAUAAUGAUAAGUAGGGUGUAACACUCCCUUGCUGGAAAUGUGUUGCUGGAAAAGCGCAGCAGGUCAGGCAGC